GAUCGGUCCAGAAAUCCGCCAGUUCCGGGGAGCUAAAUCACCCCCAAGUCUACCGCUUGAGGUAACGCGAGAAUCGGCGGCGUCUGGCUUCGUGGCGGAAGCGAGGGGAAGUCCUGUUUCGAGCGUGGGGUUGGAGGCGGGGAGACCCGGCUGGGACGCGCUGUCAGGGUCAGCUGACACCACUCCUCUUCCUGGUCAUCGUGCUGUCCUUUUUCCCGCCACACCCCCACACACACCCCCCACACCCCCGCCCCGGGUGCACGCUCCCUGCCUGGACCUCGCCAUUGGGAAAAGGGAGUCCCCCUCUCUGGGAGGAACCUUCCCUCUCUCCACCCUCGGCUUUUCCCGCAGGUGAGGCCUCCAUGGAGCGGCUCCUGGCCCAGCUGUGCGGCACCAGCGUGUUGCAUCCGCUCCCGUUGUGGGAGGGGGACACCACGGGCCACUGCUUCACCCAGCUGGUGCUCAGCGCCCUGCCCCACGCGCUCCUCGCCGUGCUCAGUGCCUGCCACUGGGGCACCCCGAGGGUCUUCAUGUUUGGUACAACCUUAACUCAAAAUUGUCAGUUUCUGGGGCCAGCCCCUUGGCGUGGCAGGAAUCCAGAUUACAUCCUACACUGCAGUUCUGGCUGGCGCCUCCGACUUGCAGCCUCCUUCCUGCUCUCCAUCUUUCCACUACUAGACCUCCUUCCAGUUGCUUUGCCACCAGGGGCAGGCCCAGGGCCCAUAGGGCUAGAGGUGCUGGCAGGGGGCGUGGCAGCUGUGGCCUGGAUCAGCCACAGCCUGGCCCUGUGGGCAUUGGCGCAUUCGCCUCAUGGCCGCUCCCGGGGGCCCUUGGCUUUGGCUCUGGCUGCCUUCCUGCCAGCCCCAGCCCUAGUGCUGACCCUGCUGUGGCACUGCCAGCGAGGCACACUUCUGCCCCCACUUCUCCCAGGGCCCCUUUCCCGCCUGUGCCUUCUCAUCCUGCAGUUGGCUGCACUCUUGGCUUAUGGACUGGGCUGGGCAGUCCCUGGGGCGCCACAGGAACCCUGGGCCCAGGAGCCCCUUCUAUCCGAGGGACAGGAACCCGAGGUAGCUGAAGAUGGGGAGAGUUGGCUGUCACGCUUUUCCUAUGCCUGGCUGACACCCUUGCUGGCCCGCGGGGCCCGUGGAGAGCUCCGGCAGCCCCAGGACACUUGCCGCCUCCCCCGCAGGCUGCACCCAACCUACCUGGCCCAUGUCUUCCAGGCACACUGGCAGGAGGGGGCCCGGCUGUGGAGGGCCCUGUAUGGGGCAUUUGGGCGGCGCUACCUGGCACUUGGACUGCUGAAGCUGGUGGGGACCAUGCUGGGAUUCUCAGGGCCCCUGCUGCUGUCCCUACUGGUGGGCUUCCUUGAGGGGGGGCAGGAGCCACUAAGCAACGGCCUGCUCUAUGCCCUGGGGCUGGCCGGUGGGGCCGUACUGGGCGCUGUGCUGCAGAAUCAGUAUGGGUAUGAGGUACGGAAGGUGACACUUCAGGCACGGGGGGCCGUGCUGAACAUCCUGUACCAGAAGGCUUUACAGCUAGGGCCCAGACGCCCUCCUGCCGGGGAGACCCUGAACCUACUAGGCACUGAUUCUGAGCGGCUGCUCAACUUUGCUGGGAGCUUCCAUGAGGCCUGGGGCCUGCCCCUGCAGCUGGCCAUUACUCUUUACCUGCUGCACCACCAGGUGGGUGUGGCUUUUGUGGGCGGUCUGAUCCUGGCACUGCUGCUGGUACCUGUCAACAAAGUGAUUGCCACCCGCAUCAUGGCCGGCAACCAGGAGAUGCUACAGCACAAGGAUGCGCGGGUUAAGCUCAUGACAGAGCUGCUCAGUGGCAUUCGGGUGAUCAAGUUCUUCGGGUGGGAGCAGGCGCUGGGGGUCCGAGUAGAGGCCUGCCGGGCUCGAGAGUUGGGGCGACUCCAGGUCGUCAAAUACCUGGAUGCGGCCUGUGUGUACCUGUGGGCUGCCCUGCCAGUUGUCAUCUCCAUCAUCAUCUUCAUCACCUAUGUCCUCAUGGGGCACCAGCUCACUGCCACCAAGGUGUUCACUGCCCUGGCACUGGUGCGCAUGCUCAUUCUGCCCCUCAACAACUUCCCUUGGGUGAUCAAUGGCCUCCUGGAGGCUAAAGUGUCUUUGGACCGGAUCCAGCGUUUCCUUGACCUUCCCAACCACAACCCCAAGGCUUACUACAGCCCAGACCCCCCUACAGAGCCAUCUACAGUAUUAGAGCUGCAUGAAGCCCUGUUCUCCUGGGACCCAGUUGGAACCAGCCAGGAGACCUUCAUCAGUCACCUCGAAGUGAAGAAGGGUGUCCUGGUGGGCAUUGUGGGGAAGGUGGGCUGCGGGAAGAGCUCGCUGCUGGCCGCCAUCACUGGGGAGCUCCACAGGCUGUGUGGACGGGUGGCAGUGUGGGGGCUGUCCAAAGGCUUUGGCCUGGCCACCCAGGAACCCUGGAUCCAGUUUGCCACCAUCCGAGACAACAUUCUCUUUGGGAAGACAUUUGACGCCCAGCUGUACCAGGAAGUGCUGGAGGCCUGCGCCCUCAAUGACGACCUCAGUAUCCUGCCUGCUGGGGACCAGACAGAAGUGGGGGAGAAGGGUGUGACCCUCAGCGGGGGACAGCGGGCCCGGAUUGCUCUUGCUCGUGCUGUCUACCAGGAAAAAGAGCUCUAUCUUCUCGAUGACCCCCUGGCCGCUGUGGAUGCACAUGUGGCCAACCACCUGCUGCAUCGGUGCAUCCUGGGAAUGCUGAGCCACACCACACGGCUGCUCUGCACCCACCGCACCGAGUACCUGGAGAGGGCUGAUGUGGUGCUGCUGAUGGAGGCCGGGCGCCUCGUCCGGGCGGGGCCUCCCUCUGAGAUCCUGCCAUUGGUACAAGCUGUCCCCAAAGCCUGGGCUGAGGAAGGACAAGAGUCUGACACAGCCACAGCCCAGUCGGUACAGAACCCAGAGAAGACAAAGGAGAGCCUGGAGGUGGAGGAGAGCACAUCUGGCCGCCUGCUGCAGGAAGAAAGCAAGAAGGAGGGUGCCGUGGCCUUCAACGUGUACCAAGCAUACUGGAGGGCCAUGGGCUGGGGCCUGGCUGUAGCCAUCCUCUUCUCUCUGCUCCUCAUGCAAGCCACAAGGAACGCUGCUGACUGGUGGCUCUCCCACUGGAUCUCUGAGCUGAAGACAGCCAAGAACAGCUCCCAGGAGGCGCCAACCCCCACCAGCCCAGGCUCCACUGGGCUCCUGUCUGCCCAGCUGCUCCUCUUCUCCCCCGGAAGCCUCUACACCUCAGUGUUCCCACUGCCCAAAGCUGCCCCCAAUGGCUCCUCAGACAUCCGUUUCUACCUCACCGUGUAUGCAACCAUUGCUGGCGUCAACUCCCUCUGCACCCUCCUCCGGGCAGUGCUCUUUGCGGCGGGCACCCUCCGAGCAGCCACCACCCUGCAUCGCCGCCUGCUGCAUCGAGUCCUUCUGGCACCAGUGACUUUCUUCGACUCCACGCCCACGGGCCGGGUCCUAAACCGCUUCUCCUCCGACGUGGCCUGUGCAGAUGACAGCCUGCCCUUCGUCCUCAACAGCCUCCUGGCCAACGCAGCAGGCCUGCUGGGCCUCCUGGCUGUGCUGGGCUCCGGCCUGCCCUGGCUGCUGCUGCUGCUGCCACUACUGAGCAUCAUCUACUAUCGUGUGCAGCGCCACUACAGGGCCUCCUCGCGGGAGCUGCGGCGUCUCGGCAGCCUCACCCUGUCUCCACUCUACAGCCACCUGGCCGACACCUUGGCCGGCCUCCCCGUGCUCCGGGCCACCAGGGCCACCUACAGGUUUGAGGAGGAGAACCAGAGACUCCUGGAGCUAAACCAGAGGUGCCAGUUUGCUGCCAGCGCCACGAUGCAGUGGCUAGACAUUCGGCUACAGCUCAUGGGGGCCGCAGUGGUCAGCGCCAUCGCAGGCAUCGCCCUGAUGCAGCACCAGCAGGGCCUCGCUGACCCAGGACUGGUGGGCCUAUCCCUGUCUUACGCCCUGUCCCUGACGGGCCUGCUCUCGGGCCUGGUGAGCAGCUUCACGCAGACGGAAGCCAUGCUGGUGAGCGUCGAGCGGCUGGAGGAGUACUCCUGUGACCUGCCCCAGGAGCCCCAGGACCGGCUGCCACAGCUGGGCAUCGGCUGGCUGACCCAGGGAAGCGUGGAGUUCCAGGAUGUCGUGUUGGUGUACCGGCCAGGGCUGCCCAAUGCCCUGGACGGGGUGACCUUCCGCGUGCAGCCUGGAGAGAAGCUGGGCAUCGUGGGCCGCACGGGCUCCGGCAAGUCCUCCCUGUUGUUGGUGCUCUUCCGGCUGCUGGAGCCCAGUUCAGGGCGAGUGCUGCUGGACGGUGUGGACACCAGCCAGCUGGAGUUGGCCGAGCUCAGGUCCCAGCUGGCUAUCAUCCCCCAAGAGCCCUUUUUGUUCAGUGGGACCGUGAGGGAAAACCUGGACCCCCGGGGCCUGCAUGAGGACGGGGCCCUGUGGCAGGCUCUGGAGCAGUGCCACCUGAGGGAGGUGAUCCUAUCCCUGGGUGGUCUGGACGGUGAGCUGGGCGAGGGGGGCCGGAGCUUAUCCCUGGGGCAGAGGCAGCUGCUGUGUCUGGCCAGGGCUCUCCUCACAGAUGCCAAGAUCCUGUGUAUUGACGAGGCCACAGCAAGCGUGGACCAGAAGACAGACCAACUGCUCCAGCAGACCAUCUGCAAACGCUUUGCCAACAAGACAGUGCUGACCAUUGCCCACAGGCUCAACACCAUCCUGAACUCGGACCGGGUGCUGGUGCUGCAAGCGGGGAGGGUGGUAGAGCUGGACUCCCCUGCUGCCCUGCGCAGCCAGCCCCACUCGCUGUUCCAGCAGCUGCUGCAGAGCAGCCAGCAGGGAGCCCACUCCUCUCUCUGAGGGCCCGAGCCCAGUCCCCCACCCUGCAGGGUCUCCCCUCUGUCUCACCCUCUGCUGGACAGCUGCAAAGGGGCAGGCUGCUUGUUUACAUUCUCCUCUGUGGCUCUACCUCUCCCUCAUUCCCCAGAGGGAAAAAGGGUGCCCUGGGCUCCUCUUUGGAAACCACUCCUUCUUGAGGGGCAGAGUCCCAAGGCUUCCCCAGGACCAGGCCUCUGCUUGGGCCCUCUUGCAUCUGCGACUCCAGGCAGGUUCUUCUGGCAAAGGAGCCCAUUUGCACUUUUAUAAUUUUAUUUGAUAAAAUUCCCAUCUUACAUUCUAGAUAUUAAAAAAAUAAUAUUUCUGGUGUGAG